CGUGAGAGGUGAUGUCACGAGCGCUGCCCGUGUACGUUCCAGCUGACUCUUGCUACGAUACCAAGCGCUCGCUUUACCGAGUGCCUGAAGAAAGAGAGGGAAAAAGAGAAAGAAAGAUAGAGGUUGCGGAGGUUAGCUAAAAAAUAAUAACGAGAGAGGAAACAACAAAGAGGGCAGAGGAAUAAUAACAGCCAUCUCACCGCUCACGUUUAAUUGUUUAUUAUAUUCUGAAGAGAGGACCCAUUUUUUAUUUGCACAGGGAGUUUUUUCCAGCUCCCGAAUUCGAUUCAGUCUGAUAUUAUAGUUUACUCGCAGUUUCCUGCCGACAGUGGGACUCAGUAGUGUUUCUGCCUCCAUGGACGCCCGUCUAAUUCAACUCAUUCGUUUUUUCGGGGAAUAUUUCUGUCCUGGACGCGAGGAGCACCAGUUUAAUACGAUGACAUACGUCGACAAAUGAGCUGAACUGAACGCCAAACAAUCAGCAGAAUAUUUUUUAAAGGGAGCCAUUGCGUUUGAAGAGGAUGAAGUACAACUCCUGCAUCUUUCUCACUUGAGCGGACCAAACAGAACGUCAGUCCACUUCAGAUUCCUAAUGGGAACGCAUUAGGGCUUUGAAUUCGAAUUCAAAUGCUCAUGAACUUUCAUACACCUACCCCGGUUCGCUCAACUUCCAAACUCUUGUGUUUUUGUACAUUUCUACUUUUGAUUGAAACACUUGAUUCAGUCAACCAGCUCAACUGUCCAGUGAUCUGAAAAGUUAUUAACUGGUUAAACCUGGACGAGGUGUUACACUGAGGAAUGUCCAGGCCAAUUUCUCAGCUAUUGCCACCUGACCUUCCCCCAGGGACCAGUCCACAGCUCGGUCCUGCUAACCCUGCAGGUACCACCACCAAUGGCCACCUGAAUAAUUCCAUGGCCAGUCUGAAAUCUCUUCUACAGCUGCCUAUUAAAGGGGACCAGAGAGUGAAAGACUGCUGUGCUGAGAUGAAAGAUAAAGACAAACCUCUGGACUCUGAUGAGGAUUCAUUGGGUGGAGUUGGGGGCAUGAAUGGUGGGAACGGCACCCUGCGUUCCACUAACCAGUCCGCCUUCCUCGGCCCAUUGCUAUGGGAGCGUACAUUGCCGUGUGACGGCGGCCUGUUCCAGCUACAGUACAUGGACCUGGAGGAGUUCUUGACGGAGAAUGGGAUGGGGUGCAUGCCGUCGGGAAACACCUGCAGUACGGCCGCUCAGGUCCCUUCCCAGAGCACGCAAUCGGCCGUACCCUGCCAGAGUUCCCAGUGCCCACCUUCUUCCUCUCCGCCCUGCUCUUCCUCCGCCUCCUCCAUCUCUUCCCUCUCCUCAUCGUCUUCAUCAUCCUCUUUACUGGGUCUGGACGUGCCACAGGGCCCUGGACUGCUGGGAGGUCCAGAGUGUCUGCAUGGGGCUCAAACUGUACCACCUGACCCUUCUCCGAGCCCCUCCUGCCCACCUCCGCCGGUGGUGCCACCCACCAAUGUGGCUGAUGUCAUGGUGAACUUUGAUCCUGACCCUGCUGACCUCGCCCUGUCCAGUGUGCCAGGCCAGGAGGCGUUCGACCCGCGCAGGCAUCGCUUCACAGAGGACGAGCUGAAGCCUCAGCCCAUGAUCAAGAAGGCCCGCAAAAUGCUGGUGCCAGAUGAGCAGAAGGAUGACAAGUACUGGAGCCGACGCUAUAAAAACAACGAAGCAGCAAAGCGUUCUCGCGAUGCCCGCCGACUGAAGGAGAACCAGAUUUCAUUCCGAGCGGCGUUCCUGGAACGGGAGAACGCCGCCCUUCGCCAGGAGGUUGCAGAUAUGCGGAAAGAGCUGGGCCGCUGUCGCAACAUCAUCAGCAAAUACGAGAGUCGCCACGGAGACUUAUGAAGAAAAGAAAGAAAGAACACACAGAAGAGAAAGACACAAUUACUGAUUUUGAAAUAGCGUUUCAAGGGCUGUUCGACUCAUCCUGGAAUGGCAUUUUCUCAUAGCGUUUGCUUCAAAUAAGCACUACGAUACUCUGUUCACUGAUUUACAUUUCUUUCCGGACGAGCAGGGAUAGUUUUUGAAUUAGCUGGUGUGGUGCUUGGUUGAAACAAAUACUUGAAAAUUGUGGUUCAAAUUGUGGCCCCAGCGUGAGGGAUGUGCACAAGGUCUACCUGGACUAUAAGCACAAGCGCAGUUCAUAAGCAUCGGUUCUUCUCCUACGAUACACCGCAAACCUUGACUGAGGAUGUGCAAUCCAAUCUCUCAUAAAUACUCACGGAUCAUUUAUAAUGUCACGUAGCCCUUGUGAACAUCCUCUUUCUAUAAUGGGAUGAUUUUCUCAGAGAGAGAACUAUACAGGAGGUGGUAGAGAUGUAAUUUUUUUCUAUGACAAAAAACACAUUGUAUAUUUUUGAACUUUUAGGGUCAGCUAUAAUAGAGUAGAUGAAGAGGCGGAGGAGGAACGCGGACGGCGGCGAGAGCACAAAAGAGAUUUUGACAUAGGAAAACUGUAUAUUUUUAUACUUGCAGAAGCAGGCAGGCGAUGAGAUUUUGGAAAUAGUCGUUUUUGUAUAUUUUAUAUAUGGGUGGGAUGUUGUGGGGAGCUGGACCGAAAGUCAGGAUCGUUAUCUUUAAAAGAUAUGUUUUCAACAUCAGGGGCAGUCAGGCUGGUCAGGAAGAACAAGACUAAAGGGAUGAACGUCAAUAAGAGUUGUGAAAAGAAACGGAUCUGAUGAGAAACUAAAAAUAGCAAACAUGAAAACUGUAUAGUUUCUAAUUUUUCAUCAUGGAUUUGUUCAAGCACUUGUUUUGGUAUCUUUGAUUCCUUUUCUUCAAAUUCAGUGUGUGUGUUUGUUUUUUUAUCCUGAGGUGAGAGAGACACAGAGAAAGAGAGAGAGAGAGAAAGAUGGCAUUACAAAUUUGUCACUGUCUCGGGAGUCACGAAAUGUGUACAAGAUUUUUCCGUGUAUAGAUUUUAAUGUUAAAGCAAAAAUGUCCACAUGCACACAGACACUCUUUUGAACACAAACUGGACGUGAGUUUUCAUGGCCAGUAUGUUUAUGUAUAUGUGUAUAUGUAUAUAUAUAUAUAUAUAUAUAUAUAUAUAUAUAUACACAUAUAUAUAUAUAUAUAUAUAUAUAUAUAUAUAUAUAUAUAUAUAUAUAUAUAUAUAUAUAUAUAUAUAUAUAUACACAGACAGACUCUUUGAAGACAUGAACCACAGAACUGUUAAACGCAGCAAUAUCCUUUCUCUCUCUUUCUCUGUUCCUCGAGCUUUUGACGUUGUGAUUGGUACUGGUUUGGCAUUUCUCACCCAGGUCGAGUCGGCAGCAAGUGGGUUGCAUGCUGGCGCAUGCUUGUGUAUUUUUCCACCGCAGGAAAAAACAUUUUUCAUGUUUAUGACCGUCACUUUAUAUGGUGCUCACCCAGUCUCUUGACCCAGACGCACAGUUAUAACCUGUUUGCCUAUAACCUUUGCUCUGUUAUUAUUUCUUAUGAUUAUUGAUCAUUGUAUGAGGGAUCGUAUAUAUAUAUAUAUAUAUAUAUAUAUAUAUAUAUAUAUAUAUAUAUAUAUAUAUAUAGAUAGACCUACAUGAGUAUAUCUAUACAUUUCCUCAAAAUUAACCCCCCCCCCCAAAAUGCACCCUAAUACUACUGUACCAUACAAAGUACAAUAUUAUAUUAUAUAUUAAAUAUGAAACUAUUCUCUCACUAGAUAUGUGUGUGUACAUGAGUAUAUGCUUGAAUAUGUGAUUAUAGAUGUAAUUUGCAUAACUUGAAUAUAUAAAUGUAGUACCUUUCCGAUAAAAAAAGACAGGUCUGAUUUCUUAUCCGUUUUCUCAGGUGUCUGGGAUGACUAUAAAAAAGCACGCCACACUGAUCAGCGAUGCUGUGGCUUUGUUUGCUUGAUUGUUGUCCAAUCUUUUGAAGCCAGUUAAUGGUGGCUGUAUAAUUCCACAGAAAUGAAUAGUGCACUAUCGACUAUUUUUGGAAGAAGAUUCUGUUAAAAAAAGAAAUGGACAAAAAAAUAAAAAAACACAGUGCUGGAUAUAUAACUUUAUUACUUUACAGAUAGGAAUUAAAUGUCUUUUCCUUUUGAAGCUUGUUGCUCUAUUAUUAUAUGAUUGCUUGCAUUAUCAUUGCUGUUGUUAUGAUUAUGAUUCUCACGUUUCUUUUCAGCAUUUCAACUUACUUUUCAAAGGAAAUGUAUUGCUCUCUUACCUCCCUUGUAACUGCAAGACCAUCUUGAAUUACUCAGUCGAGCCUGUUCAAUGUUGGACCCAUCCACCGAGACUGUGCAAGGCCUCAAGUGCAAUGGGGGGGCCAUAAUCUUGUCCUUGUGUGUAUGGAUUUGAUAUAACCUGAAACAAACAACUAAUAGAUUGACUGUUCCUUUCUCUUGACAGAACUUCUUCUUCUACCACCUUUGACUCGCUACUUUUUGAUGCCAUGUCAAAGACGUACAGUUUGUUUAAAAGAAGCUUAAAGCAAGUGAAGGUUGAAACCUUAAAGAGCUUAAAAAAACUUUUGACAGUGCUAUUUUUCUAUGUAACUGUGUGCACAUGGGCAUUGGUCGCCCGUCGUCACUUUUGCUGUGAUGGCGUGUUGCUAAAUGAUAUUGCGGGUAUUGUAUUCAUCAUUUUUUUCCCCUUUCCACAUGUGGUUUAUGAACAGCUCCCUGUUUGUGACUGUUAUGAACAAUGAAUCUCACCACUGUCAAACAUCACUUGGUAAUGUCUACUGUUCCUGCCUAUAGGGAUGCUGGGAAAUGUGGUCUGGCUUGUUUCCCCCCAAAACACCAAUAAAUAAUUACCCCUGUUCACUGACAA